AUGUUGAAGCCACGGCUAUUCUCUACGCUACGAGGACUCCAGCAUGAGAAUCCACUGGGCCUCCCCCGCUCCGGCGCGCCUCCGCAGCUCCCGCGCAUGCAACGAGGCCUGCCGCAGAGGAGAAGCAUAAAAGACGUGAAGAAAGUGAUUGCCGUAUCAUCAGCCAAAGGCGGUGUAGGCAAAAUGAACCUCGCCCUCAGCUUCGCGCGAAGAGGCUACAAAGCCGGCGUCCUCGACACCGACAUCUUCGGUCCCUCGAUCCCCACUCUCCUGAACCUCUCCGGCGAACCAAGAUUAUCUGCCAAUAAUCAGCUCUUACCUCUCUCGAAUUAUGGCCUUAAAUCAAUGUCCAUGGGCUAUCUUAUACCCGAGUCAUCGCCGGUGGCGUGGCGCGGCAUGAUGGUUAUGAAAGCGUUACAACAGUUGCUGCAUGAAGUAGACUGGGGCGGCUUGGAUGUGCUGGUGCUGGACAUGCCACCUGGCACAGGCGAUGUGCAGCUCACCAUCACGCAGCAGCUGAUACUGGACGGCGCCAUAAUCGUAUCGACCCCACAAGACCUGUCGCUCAAAGACGCUGUGAAAGGCGUGGAGCUAUUCCGCAAGGUGGAUGUAAAUCUGCUAGGGCUGGUGUGCAACAUGGCAGGCUUCAGAUGCCCUGCUUGUGGCGAUCUACACGAGGUGUUCGGAAACAUGGACAAGAUUAGGAGCAUGUGUAGCAAGUACGACUUGAAAAUGCUUGGGGAGAUUCCGCUGCACGGCAGGAUAUCUGACGAUGCAGAUAAAGGGAAACCAACAGUAGUGGCUCAUCCAGAUGGCGAGCAUGCACGGAUAUUCGCAAAAGUAUCGGAGGAAGUCGAAGGUAUAAUAGGUUUGAAGAAAUGA